AUCAGGAAGUGCGCAGAGUGUGCCACCAUGUUGGAUCAGGAAGUGGGCAGAGUCUAUGCAGGAAUCCCGACGCGAGCUUAGCGUCAACGGCCGUCUUUAUUCGAUCGGUCCACCGGCUCCCUAUUUCCACCUUUAACAUCUAGAUUACAUGCUGUGCGGCUUUCCUUCUGGUCGAGGUAGAAGCUUUUCUUCGAAUCCGGUCGUUUUGCAGCCCCAGCUAUGACUUCUCUCACGCAGAGAACAUCGGGCCUCGUCCAGAGGAGGACCGAGGCCAUUCGCAGCGCCGCCGCCGACAAGGAUAAGGAGUCCGGUGGCGAGGAGGACGAGGUGCGCCGCGGGGAGGAGGAAGACGAGGACAAGGGGGACUCGAAGGAAACUAGGCUCACUCUCAUGGAGGAAGUGUUGCUCUUGGGCCUCAAGGAUCGAGAGGGCUACACGUCUUUCUGGAACGACUGUAUUUCUUCCGGGCUUCGCGGAUGUAUGCUCGUCGAGCUGGCCCUACGGGGUAGGCUACAGUUGGAGGCCUGCGGUGUGAGGAGGAAAAGCCUGCUCGCCAGGAAGGUGAUCUGCAAGUCUGACGCCCCAACAGGAGAUGUGCUACUGGAUGAGGCCUUGAAGCACAUUAAAGAGACCCAGCCUCCAGAAACUGUCCAGAGCUGGAUAGAGCUGCUGAGCGGAGAGACCUGGAAUCCCCUCAAGCUGCACUACCAGCUGAGAAACGUUCGAGAACGUCUGGCUAAAAACCUGGUGGAGAAAGGUGUCCUCACCACGGAGAAACAGAACUUCCUGCUGUUUGACAUGACCACACAUCCUCUCACCAAUAGCACCAUCAAACAGCGCCUCGUCAAGAAGGUCCAGGACUCGGUUUUGGAGAAGUGGGUCAACGAUCCCCACCGCAUGGACAAGCGCGUUCUGGCCCUGAUUCUUCUGGCUCACUCAUCCGACGUUCUCGAGAAUGCCUUCGCCCCGCUUCAAGACGACCAGUACGACCUGGGCAUGAAGAGAGUCCACACUCUGCUAGAGCUGGAGCCCGAGAAAGAGAGCAUAAAACCCAACGCCAACGAACUCAUGUGGGCCGUAGUGGCCGCUUUUACUAAAUGAAAACACCCGAUUGGUUGGACUGGAAGAUCUGGCUGUGGUCUGUGUUAUUUAAUUGGUUGAAGGACUUCACUUAAUGAGACAGACUUCACUUUAAUGAGACAAUCUAUUUUGGUUGGGGAGCCUGUUUAUACAUCUGUUCCGGAUGACAUUUCGGUGGUAGUCCAUAUUAACACAUUCUGAUUGGUGGUGGGCUUCACCAAGUAACCAAGUAACAGUUGGUUGGACGGAACGGUCUCUGUAUGAAUAACGACUGGCUGCUUUCACACAAGUGAGGUAAAAUAUCUGCCACUGUAACCCCGGAUAUACCUAAAAACAUCAACACUACGAACAGAUGGGUUUCUGUUAGAUGACAUCAGAGAACACAGCAGGUGGCAACAGUAGUCAUGGUGAAUAUGAAGAUAUCGACCGGGGCCAAGUUUCCCAUCUACACCGAGGGAACUUCAUCUCUUCAUUACGUCAAGAUCUGGUCUCCACACCCUCCCACAUGCUCAUGCAGGGAUCAAGGAAAGCGAACCCCACGGUAAUCGAUGUUUGCAUUCAUGCAGGUGUCCCCCCCCCCCCCUAUUCAUUUGUGUUUGUGUUUGGAGUACAUGUUAGGACAAACCACCUGAAUGUUUUCCUCAUUCACUCCUCGCUUUACAUAUUUUUUUCCUUCUUUCUUCCUUAAUUGAGGAGGAAGGAGAGGAUGAACACUUGAGUUCCUGCAUCAGUAAAAGUGAGCUGGGUAAUUUGGCCCUCAGAGACGUUGACCUAAAUGAAGAAUUUAACCUCGAGUUACCUAACAAAAUUCUCCCAUCAGCUUGCCGUUUGUUGCGAGGGUCCAUUCUGUGUUCAUAAAAUGCAGCUAGUCUUCCAUAUUUGUUUAUGUUGCUUAUCAGUGCUUGGAGUAGCCCGCCAUUUAUCAACUGUUUUGCACAGCCAAUAGCCCUGUAGGUAGGUUAGUGUUUAUAGAUAUUUUUCUUGGGUUGAUUAACCCACAUGUGAAGACGAGAUUGAAAACGGUAAACCUUAGCAACUAUGGUAAAAGGAAAAAAGGACCUCGCUUACUUUGUCUACAGCUAUUGAGCUUUAUAAAUACUUUAAAAACCAUUCCAUUUGGACACGAUCAUAAAAAAUUAAAGACACAUGCUUCUGCUCUUAAAUUCAAUAAGGAUGCAGUGGAAACGAGAAGUUAUUUAAUCCCUUCAGAUCUGGAUCUCUGUGAACAGCCUUUACACUAGUGGUGGCUUAUACGAAUAAGAGUGAGAAUUGUUAAAUAAAUGGGCUGUCUUCGUUUUUGUUAACGGGCACAUUCACUCAAAUUGUCUCACUUAACUCUAGUGCUGUGGAGCUGUGCAGUUACUCUUGGUAUUACUUAGAGAUAUUCUCACGUGAAUCUGAGUGAGCGAAGACUCCUCAUCAGCUUCACAGAGGUCAGAGGAAGUGUCUUGUUUAAGAAAAUCCCACACGAUUAACCCACAAACAGUUUUACCUCCACCGAGGAAGUCCCCAAUGAAACCUACGUGGUCUCUAAUAAUACCACUAGUUGGCACUAGAGGUAGGUGAGGAAAUGUGUCGUGCAAUUUGUGUGAGCUGCCCCUUUUUUAAGUUUUGCUCUUGCAAUAUAAUAUAUCGCUCAAUUUGUACUUCAUGUCAUAAUUAGAUGUUUUUUCUGUCUAAUAAAGCCCAAGUGGGCAUGUUGUAUUAUUGUAUACAUGCAGAUGAUGGGAGGGUUACUUGGGCCCAGAUAAGUCCUCACUAAAGACUGAAACAUCAACAACACAUAGUCCGAUGGAACAAAAACAUGCUUUAAUGCAGUUCUAAAAAAAAGAUUCAUUAUAUUAAAAAAAAAUAUAUAUAUAUAUAUAUAAUUAUGAACAUCAUUCUGGUCUGAUCAGUGUGAUCCGUGGAUGAAGUUAACAUCACCUCUCGUUUGUUGACAUAGUUCUUUUUUUUCUACUUGUGAAAUACCAAUGGGUAUGAAGAACUGUUGAGAUCCGUUUACAGCAAAGAGACCAUGCAUGCUUUCGGUGGAGGGCUGGGGUACAUGUGGAUGUAGCUACAGAGAAAAGGCUUGUAUGUAAUUAUUAGUCAUUUAUGUGUACGAUCUAAUGGAAUUCAAUGAAAGGGAUCUUCUCUCCUAUCCUCUAUAAUUCUGUAUGCUUUUUGUAUUACCACACAAAAUAAAGUAAGGAUCCUUUAAGUGCCUGAAUUUA